ACCAACUUGUUACACAGCAUUUCCUUACGAUCCGAAUACCUUGAUACUUCAUAAUCAAUUAAUCCCUUAUUCCUGCAAAGGUUUCUAAACCAAGCAUUUCCGAUUAACGUGACAAUUAUCCACUAUACUGGUAAACACCCAAAACACAAGACCUGACAGUCAUGCCAUACCUAAACAGCUGGUUCUGUUUAUUCCUCGAGAAUUAUGUCUACGCUAGGCCGGUACCCCCGCCGAGAAAACGGGAGAAGCCGAUGCAAGUGCUGUGUGUCGGCUUUCCACGUUGCGGAACCGAAUCUCUACAACAUGCCCUCCUAAAGCUGGGAUAUGACCACACAUACCACGGAUGGGAUAUCAUAUUUGAGGAACCUAACUAUACUCCGCAGUGGGUCGAGUUAUGCCGCAAGAAAUGGUUCGGCCCACUCAACGGGGAAUGUUCUAUCACGGCUGCCGAGUUUGACGCCGUGAUCGGUCAUGCGGUAGCUGUAUCGGAUGCCGCUGGCUCGAUUUUCGCGGCCGACCUCAUUGCCGCGUAUCCCGAGGCCAAGGUAGUCCUCAACCAACGUAAGGACAUCGACGAGUGGCACCAUAGCGUAACACAUACUAUCGCCCGAGCUAAUAGUCACUGGUCCCUCUGGAUACUCUCCCGUCUUAGUCCGGAUUGCUUCUGGAGCUGGGAGUGCUUUGUGAAUUUCAUGUGGCCGGGUUUAUUCCGAGCUAUUGACGGUAAUAUUCAGACGGGUGUUAUGAGAAAUGGGAAGUGGGCUUAUCGAGAACACAACAAUAUGGUCCGCGGGCUAGUGCCUAAAGAGCGUCUGCUGGAGUGGGUUCCCGAGGACGGAUGGAAGCCACUGUGCGAGUUCCUGGAUAAGCCAGUACCUGACGAACCCUUCCCCCACGCAAAUGCAGCGGCGGGUUGGCAAGGCAAGGAAGCGGCAAUUGCGAAGAAGUUCGCAUUACAAGCAGUCCAGACUUUAGUUGGGUUAACUACACUCACAGUAGGGGCUGGUGCUAUUUAUUAUAGGUAUCGGCGGUGAUUGCACGCGUUUGGUCCUAUCCAAUGCUAUACUUCUCACUCUGGGGGCGGGGGGCGCUUUGGCUUGUGCAUAAUUUCAAAAGAGGGUAGAUUUUAUGUACCGAUAUCAGAUGAACCUUUCGGGUAACCGCAGGCCCCGAAGGAUGAUACCUAUACUAGUAUUUUCUUCGAGAAUGUACCCAACCUGAUGUUUUUUCUUUUCCUCUAAUGAGAAUUGUGCUUUAACGCCACAGUGA